AUGACGGUGAAUGACAGCCAAACUUCCAGCCGUCUUUUCAUCACGGACAAAACGUCAAAAUUGCAAUUUUUGGUAGAUACGGGCUCGGACGUUUCGGUGUUUCCACAUACCGGUUCACGUCAAAAGUCAAAACCAUCCGACUAUACUCUUUUCGCUGCAAACGGAACCCCGAUUCCAACCUACGGUUUUCGCACCUUGCAGAUGAACUUAGGCCUCCGUCGAGAUUUUACAUGGCGUUUUGUGGUAGCAGAAGUCAGCAAACCUAUUAUCGGUGCGGACUUUCUAGCUUUCUAUCAACUUCUUGUGGACGUAUCACACAGCAGAUUGCUAGACGGAAUUACUGGACUUUCCGCACUGGGUUGCCACGCAUUUGAGAUGUCAUCACAUGUGAAAUCAGUUUCCGGAACUUCAAAGUACAUCGAGCUGCUUAAAAAGUAUCCCAGUUUGACUCGACCAGAUGGAAGCUUCAAAGAAAUCCGACACUCCACCGUUCAUCACAUCAAUACGAAAGCAGGCCCUCCAGUUAGCUGCAAAUCACGACGUUAG